AUGGCGCAAACGGCUGGCGUUAUUAUUGGAGGCGCGUCCAUAGCAGCACUCGCGGCGCAACCAGCAUGGAGAGGCAGCCUGUUGGCUACGCUGGCUCGAUGGACAGGCUACCAUGCGCCCGGGAGCCUAUGGAGGAUAGCCGCCAUUCUCCUUGCCCUGGUCAAUCUCAAAAACCUGCCAUUUGUCUGGCAUCUACGUUUCUGUCGCGCCCUAUUCUACCAACUCUACCUCCAGCCCACGCCCAUCCCUCCGCAUGCCCUCUUCCAACCCAUCAUCACGUCGACUCGCACCACGCUCCUUGAAACAGACUACAACAUGCACAAGUCCAACAGCACCUACUUUAGCGACAUGGACAUUUCGCGCACACACCUCUUUACCGCCAUAAUACGCAACGGCAUCCGAAAGAACAGUCGUUUGUAUGGCGCCAAGAAAAGCGCCCUGUCUGGAGCCGUGGGCGCAACCAAGGGCACACGAGGCCGACAUAUGAUUGCGCUGGGUGGAAUAAGCUGCCUGUUCAAAAAGGAAAUAUUGCCGUACAAAAAGUACGAGAUGUGGACCCGGUUACUCUGCUGGGAUCGCAAGUGGUUCUACCUCGUUACACAUCUUGUCAAGCCGGGUGUGGCGCAGCCCAACAGCUGGACACUGCAACCUUGGGCCAAGUCGCACAGCCGCUUGCAAAGUAAUAUUGAUGCCGCCAAGCUGAAAGAUGCAGUGUAUGCGACUGCAAUCGCCAAAUAUGUCAUCAAGCGCGGUCGCAUCACAGUGCCACCCGAGCAGGCCCUGAUUGACGCCGAUAUGGUUCCGCUGAAGCCUGAGGGAUGGGCAUAUCAUGGUGCCGCGCCUGAACAAGGCGACGUCAAUGCAACUGCCCUGCCCGCAACGCCAAAGCCCGAAGAGUGGAAUUGGGAUGUCAUCGAGGCCGAGCGCCUGCGAGGAUUGGCUAUCGCUGGCAAGUUUGCCGAAAUGGACGGUAUGCACGAUUUCUUUGAUGGUGGCAAGGACGGUGUGCUGGGCGAGUAUCCGGAUCUUCUCUUCUAG